UCGAAUCGGAGCCGAGAUUUGGGGCGCGAGGUGGUCUGGGGGCGGGGAGACAUCCUCUUUCCCUCCGCCUUGUAACCCAGGGACAUGCAACCAACUGCUGACCUUCCCUGUUGUGAUUAGCAAAGGGGGCGGACAAGGGUGCAAGCUUGAUUCUCCCUUCUCUUUCUCGGGGUGCAGGACUUUUCUCGCAAAGAAAUCGUCGGAUUCAGGAAAGGACAAAGACUGUCGCUUUGCGGGCGAUCGGCAAAGGUGCUACUUUUCCUUGGAUGAGAAGUCUAAGGAUGGAAGAGCCAUGGUGGAAAGGAGACCUUGCAGCAGACGUUCACCAGACACUGAGACUGAAGGAGCUGAAACUGCCGGUCUACAAGGCCCAUUCUCCACAAAUCGAAAGACGGUGCUACUUUGCUCACCUCCUUACUGUCCUCAGUAGCCAUUGCCAACUUUGUCCCACAGCUCGGCACCUUGCUGUCUACUUGCUGGACCUUUUUAUGGAUCGCUAUGAUGUUACUGUGAAGCAGUUAUAUGUCGUUUCAAUUGCGUGUCUUCUCCUUGCAAGCAAAUUUGAAGAGAAGGAGGAUAAAGUGCCCAAACUACAACUGCUGAACAACUUUGCUUACAUGUGCAGCCUUAAUCUAAUGCUUACGAAAAAAGACCUACUGAAGAUGGAACUGUUGCUCCUGGAGAGCUUCAAUUGGAAUCUGUGUCUGCCAACGCCAGCACACUACAUUGACUACUACCUCUUUGCUUCUGUCAGUGAGAGUGAUCUCCACAAAGGCUGGCCCAUCACCUCUGUAACCAAGUUCAGAGCCAUCGUGGAGGAAUACUCUCACUCAUUCCUAGAAGCUUCACUGCAAGAUCAUGUUUUUCUUUCUUUUCGACCUUCUCUUGUUGCUGCUGCUUGUGUGGGUGCCUCCCGCCUCUACCUUGAGAUGUCUCCCUUGUGGACCACCCAACUUCAGUUGCUGACAUGUUAUUCCUGGGAACACCUUAUUCCUUGCAUUGAACUCAUGCUUGGCAAAGUUCAUAGUAAGGAUCCCAGAGAAGACACACAGAAAAAGGAUUGCAUGGCCCUAUUGCAACAACAACAGCAGCAGCAAAUAAUGGAAAGCCUAACACUCCAGACGCCAACUCAGCUUCUCUUCCAUCAGCCACAGUACCAUCCCCUGCCCCAACCCUCAGCUGUCCUGUCGCAGUUCUGUUCUCCAAUACAGGAUCUGUGCUCCGCUUAUCGGGAUUCCUUGCAAGCUCCUCGAUCUAGUGGCCUCAGUUCAGGGAACAGUAGGCUGAGUACUUAUUCUGCCCUGCAGGAGAAUUUGCAGACCGUGUCUAUCCAAGGGCCAAUCACGAUGCAGGUAGCCAUUUCGACAGAAUCCAGGCAUUGCCUCUCAUUGGUCUACGGCAGCAGUUACUUCAGCAGGCAUCACUCAUAUACAGCAGGUUGUUUCGAUGGCUGAGCGCUUAUGGAAAAAGGGAGCCAGAGAGAGGCAGGCUGUUUUGCCAGAAAAAAACAUGAGUUGGAGCACAUAAGCCAGAAUGCCCUUGUCACUAUCAGCAGGAUCUCAGUGAAGAAAUGGCUGGAUAGUAAGCAGAUCCAGCUCACAAAUGAAUUUUGAUUUCUCAGUAUGUAAGGAGGCAAGACUUUUAAGAGAAAAGAAUGCCCUUGUCACUAUCAGCAGGAUCUCAGUGAAAAAAUGGCUGGAUAGUAAGCAGAUCCAACUCACAAAUGAAUUUUGAUUUCUCAGUACAUAAGGAGGCAAGACUUUUAAGAGAAAAGUGCAAAAAAAUAUACCUCACCAGUCCCAGAUUUGCCAGGCUUCAUUUUUAGGGAGGAAGACCUGAAAAAGCUUCUGCCAUACGACAAACCUUUGCUGUAAGGUAACUUCCCUGUGACACAUGGCGGAUGAUUGCAAUUUUUAGCCCUGGAACAUUCUGUUGGUGAUAAAAAGGCCAGUGUUUGUUGCACUCACCUUGAUCGAUCGCUCUCUCUCUCUCUGUGGUAGAAUACUUUAUGAAGAAUCUUCCUUGUUGCUUAUUGGAAGAAUUGCAAAACAAUAUAUUAAGCAUGAAAAUAGGGAGAGAAUUCCUUUGAACUCUUUGAAUACAUUUAGUAGGCUAAGCACCAUUUGAGUUUCAUGUGUGUAGUAUUUUUUAAUUGCCUUUUAAAAGUACCUCUAGAUAUUUGAGAUGCUGCUGCCUUAUGUCACAAACAGUCAUUUGUUGAGAAAAUAUGGUUUACAUGUUAUAUCAGGGAUUAAUGUUUACUUGAAGCAAUCCACUGUAAAGAAAAAUAGUUAAAUCCCUUAAAUUUUGAGGGAACUGCUGCCUUUUAUUAUAGGAUAUUAGGAAUUUGCAAUAUGACUUAGAAAAGUAGGCAAAAAUAUACAUAGAAGGACUCUUAAAAAAAGGAAAAGGAAUUCUUAAAAGGUUCAAGAAUAAAGAAUGUAAGGUUAAUAGAAUCUCCUUCUGCAAAUGCUUCUCUAGCACCUUGACUUGGUUCUUUCUAGCUGAACUCCAGAAUUAGGAAGGACUGUGAGUUUUGAAAAGAGGGCAGGGGAUAACAUUGGCAGAGAAUAAUUGAUGGAAAUGGGUAGGCUACAGUACCAUGCUUCCACCAUUGAUUCUCUUCUGAAAAUAUAAAUUUGACAACACUUUGCCAGGUUUUGCCUUGCCCCAUUGCUCCAAUAUUUCUAUAUCAACGUACUUCAGGAUCAUGGCCUUAAACUAUUUUGUAUCAUUUUUUUUUGUACUAGACUUGUGUGGCUCCAAUUUCAAAAUAUGUUGAAGGCAUCUACUACUGUGUGAAGUUGCCACUUGAUGUGGAGCUCUUGUCACUGAAUGACAGUAUUUUUAUGGAAUGUUUCUCAGGAUUGCGAUAACACUAUGUGCAAUAUGCUUUUAUUCUAUCGAAUAUCUAGAGUUUGUGUUGUUGGGAGUGCAGUGGUAAAAAUGUUAUUUGUUCAUUUUGCUUUAAGUUAUAAUUUUCAGGGAGAAAGUGAAGAAUUUUUAACUGAAGAAGGGAGUGCUGCUUUUAAUGUAGGAGAAGAAUGUUUCCUUUUCAUUGAAAAGUCUGGUGAUGAGUUCUGCUUUUCCCGCUUUUGAUGACAACAUAUGUAGCAAGACAAAAUGGGAAAUGUUUUUGUAUGGAUUUUAUUUCCUUGUUAGAUAUGUUAAUGAAACAUCUUUGUCAAAAAUAGUAUCUGGGCUUUAGCUUUUAUGCAUUUAUACACAACUUUUUAACUAUAGCAUUUAAGCAGACAGUAGCCAAUUGUGUGUAAAAACCACUGGAGAAGCUCAAGCUUAUAGAAUUCAGCCUGACUAUUUCAUGAUGUCCUGUAAAGAAGGUGUUUUUGUGUAUUGAUUUUUUUUGUUUCUAUCUUAAGAAAGUUUAUUGAAUAA